AUGGCACACCCUUCUAAUUCUAAUAUAACCACAAACACUGAAUAAAACUUUAUACUUGCAGCAGCAAGGGAAAUUAUAUUUUUUAGGCAUAGUGUGUGUUCUUUUUCUAAGACAUUGAUUUUCGACCGUUGGGAGAUGAGUAUGCCAUUAAUUAUUUCUGUUUCUUUUCUUUAUGUCCGUCCAUACGCUCCUGGUUCAUCUUCCUGCCCGUUGUCGUUGUGUGUCAAUCCCAUUUAAAUACCACCACUACUAACAACCUUCGUCGUCAUCAUCAUCAUCAUCGUGUCAGAUAGAUAGUCAGCGAGUUAAAAAUUGCCAUUAACGCUCUCUGCUCGUGUUCUGUUCUUAAGGUGUAAAUGGUCAACUCCUCCUGAGGCACUUUGGUGAAGAAGAAAUGGAGGGGAUGAGCAAGUUAUCAGCCCACUGGUGGUGGUUUGAUACUCAGACCAACACCACCCCCAGCAAGUCUCCAUGGUUACACUCCACUCUUGCAGAAUUGGACGAGAAGACAGAAGCAAUGCUUAAACUCAUCGAAGAAGAUGCAGAUUCAUUCGCCAAACGUGCAGAAAUGUAUUACAAGAAACGACCCGAGCUUAUUAGCAUCGUCGAGGAGCUAUAUCGAGCCCACCGAUCAUUAGCAGAAAAAUACGAUCAAGUCAAAUUCGAAAGCGGUAACCGCCACUUGACUCCAUGGACAUCUUGCCCCUUACCCUUAUCCAAAUUCCAAACUUCCCCGUUAGUAAAAGAAUCCGAAAAGUCAUACGACAGUUAUUCCGAGUCUUUUGACUUUGACCAUGAUUACUGUGAUGUUUCUUGUGAAUAUGUGGUUAUUGAUGAUCUUGAACAACAAGAAAUAGAAACCGAUGAAGAAACCGAAAAAGUUACAAUUGUCGAUGAUGAAUUGGUGAACUUGAGGGAAGAACUCGACAGGCUGAGAGACGAGAACAAGAUCCAAAACGAACAGUUGAUUCAGAAAGAUGAAGAGAAAAGGGAAGCUAUAAGACAAUUUUAUUCUUAAAACAAAAACUGAUAAAGAUUCUUUCAAGAACAUCAGCAGUAGUAGCAGAAGCCCAUUUGAGUUCACCAGAUUGAAAGGGGUAUUUUGGGGAUUGUUAUUUAAUGGUGAAUCUACCGCUGCAGUUCCCUUAUAGAGGAGUGAAGGUUACCCCCCCCCCCCCCUCCCCCUUGUUCUUUUGUCAUUUUGAGGUGUAGAUUUUACCGAAAAUUCAUUUUGUUGUGUAAAAUUUGAUGUUCGUUUGGAGUCGUCUGUUUUGUUUUUUGGCGUCUGUUGUUUUGUUUCCAGCUCCUUGCUGGCUCUUUAUAUAUAUAUAUAAAGUGAGUUUGCCGUUCAAAAAAAAAAAAAAAAAUUUGAUGUUCGUGUGUAUUCGGGUUCAAUCUUUUUAGGUCUAUGAUAGUUAACUCGUUUAUAUAUUGUCUAGUAGUUGUAUUCGUGCUCGGUUCUGAAGGGUCAUUCUUUGUUACAAUAACAAUGCUUGUAAUGCCUGUAUUUGUAUGCUUGAAAAGGUGCCUUGUAAUGUCUGUAUUUGUAUAAA